AUGAGACAUCUGAAAAAUAGAGGCAAAUGAGAGCAUUCGCCCACCAGUGAGGGUAUCCGAUCUAUCGGUUCAUGGACACGCGGUCACCUAUCCUUCAGGGCGAUCCAAUCAGGGAUCAAGGAUAGGUCCGUCGUCUAUGAGCACAACCCUCCACAAUCUACACAACCCCGCUCAAUUCGAGGGACCUUCACAUCCAACCAGCACAUUUCUGUGACAUGCAGAAAGAUCUGUCACGGAAACAGUUACGUACGAGCUAAGGUGGAGCCCGACCUGCUGGCUCCAGCGACAUGCAGUCGCAGUUCCCGUAUCCUGCAAGGAACAUCGCCUAUCCAGCUGCGAUCCAAUCGGGGAUCAAGGAUAGGCAACGUCGUCAGCGAGCGACCCUUCGUCAGUCGCCCAAAAGCCAAGUGGACUGUCAGUGAAUGA